UGUUUUUUUCCUUUUGUCCCUCACUUCCCUCUUAAAUCCCUUCAUUAGCUAGAUGCUACUGGCUAUUGCCCCUAACAAAGCAAAGAAAUGUCAACUUUUAUCAGGGUUGCUAAGAGAAUUGCUGAGACAAGGGGAGUGUAGACACCCCAGAGCCUUUUGUACCAUCUCUACAUUCCCCUCCCUACUGCUUCCCAAUGUCCUGCCUAUUUAUGCUUCUGUAUCACCCCAUAAAUGCUGUGGUACACACUCUUCACUUUUGCUGAGUGAACCUCAAUUUUUUUUUUAACGUUUCACUUUUCAGCUGUGUUGUAAUCUUCCUGUGCUACUAGGAAACAUGCAAUUUAGAAGAAAAUCUUUUCACACUCCAAGUAUAUUUAUAUACUAUUAAAGGAAAGGAAGAGAUAUUUGAAACUCUGUCUAAAAAUCCCAUAUUACAACCAUUUCUAUAUUCAGGAGUAAUGAGAUUACAAGUCAGCAUAGUGAGUAUGUAUUUGAAGUUUAAGGUUUAACUGUGAAGGCAGGGGGAAAAAUCUGCUCUUUCACUACUGGUUGGACACUUCAUGCUCACCAGUGUCCUCUUUUGAGGGCCGAUUUCCUUGGAAAAUCACUAACAAAGUCCCUGAAAAACUGCCCUCAUCUGUCAUCACUUUAUCACCUGCCUUUCUGUUGGAGAUUCUUCCCUCAGCAGAGAAAUUAGCUUAGGAAAGCAAAGUUUGAACUGUGAAUUCCUGUUAUUUCAAAACACCCCAUGUGACAGGAUAUUUCCUUAUCAUUUAGAGUACAGAGAUUUCCCCUGAUCCAUCAGCCCUUCACAAAUGCUGAGGACCUGCUACCUGGCUCGCUUCAGAAAUAUCCUCAUGAUAGAAAUUAAUUACAGUUCUUCACCUUUUAUUUUUGUGGUGGGGAAGAAAAUAAUCAAACAUUUGUGAUGACUCUCUCCCUGCUCCUGAUUUUUCUCUCUCUCAUUCAGAGUGCCUUUCAGCUGCUUGAUACCAAACUAUUUUUAAUAUAUAAUGAAGACCACAAGCGCUGUGUACAAGUUCUGAGUUCUAGUUCAGUUACAACUGCGAAUUGCAACCAGGACAAUGAGUCUCAAAAAUUCAGGUGGGUCUCUGAUCACCAACUGAUGAGCGUAGCACUGAAGUUAUGCUUAGGAGUGCCGUCAAAGAAAGACUGGGUUCCAAUCACUUUGUAUCCAUGUGAUAAGGCAAGUGUACUCCAGAAAUGGGAAUGCAGAAAUGAGACCCUUUUUGCAAUCCAAGGUGAAGAUUUAUUUUUCAACUAUGGCAACAAACAGGAAAAGAAUAUUAUGCUCUACAAGGGAUCAGGAGUAUGGAGUAAGUGGAAGAUCUAUGGAACCACAGAUGAUUUGUGCUCCCGAUUCUAUGAAGGUAUGUUUACCUUGCUAGGAAAUGCCAAUGGAGCACCCUGCAUAUUCCCGUUCAAGUUUGAUAGAAAAUGGUAUGCUGAGUGUACAGAUGCUGGCAGGUCAGAUGGCUGGCUCUGGUGUGGAACAACUGACGACUUUGAUGCAGACAAAAAAUAUGGAUUUUGUCCGCUGAAAUUUAAAGGCAUUGACACGCUGUGGUAUACAGAUCCAUUGACAGGAGUCCACUACCAGAUAAACUCCCAAUCAGCCCUAAUGUGGCACCAGGCAAGGAAAAGCUGCCAGCAACAGAAUGCAGAAUUAUUAAGUAUCACAGAGUUGCAUGAGCAAACAUACCUGGCAGGAUUAACUAGGACUUUGAGUUCUUCUCUCUGGUUUGGUCUUAAUAGUUUGAAUUUCAACAGUGGAUGGCAAUGGAGUGGUGGUAGCCCUUUCAGAUACUUAAACUGGGUUCCAGGAAGUCCCGCCCCAGAGCCUGGGAAAAUCUGUGCGGCUUUGAAUCCUGGAAAAGGUGCUAAAUGGGAAAACCGGGAAUGUGAUCAGAAACUUGGCUACAUUUGUAAAAGAGGAAAUGCCACUUUAGAGUCUUUCAUUAUUCCUUCAGAGACUAAUGUGCCUAUUAAAUGCCCUGCUCAAUGGAUGUCAUAUGCAGGUCAUUGUUACAUGAUUCAAAGAGACACCAAAAUAUGGAAAGAUGCCUUAACUUCGUGUAGAAAGGAGGAUGGCGAUCUGGCCAGUAUCCACAAUGUUGAAGAGUACAGCUUUAUUGUCUCGCAGCUUGGGUACAAGCCAGCGGAUGAACUGUGGAUUGGACUGAAUGAUCGUAAAGUUCAGAUGUAUUUUGAAUGGAGUGAUGGGACUCCUGUGACAUACACCAAGUGGCUACGUGGCGAACCAACCCAUGCGAACAACAGGCAAGAAGAUUGUGUUGUCAUGAAAGGACAGGAUGGAUAUUGGGCAGAUCAUGCUUGUGAAAAGAAACUUGCAUAUAUCUGUAAAAGGAAACCUUUGGCAGAAGCUAGUGGGGAAGAGGAGAUCAUUGAUCCAGGCUGUCAAAGAGGAUGGAAAAGACAUGGCUUUCAUUGUUACAUGAUUGCAAGUACGUUUGCAUCAUUUUAUGAAGCAAAUCAAACAUGUGGAAGGAACCAGGCUUACCUAGCUACUGUUGAAAACAGAUAUGAACAAGCUUUUCUAACUAGUCUGACAGGGCUGAGGCCUGAAAAAUAUUUUUGGAUUGGUCUUUCAAAUAUACAAGAAAAGGGGACUUUCAAGUGGACCAAUGAUGAAGCAGUCUUAUUCACGCACUGGAAUUCAGAAAUGCCAGGAAGAAAGUCAGGCUGUGUUGCCAUGAGGACUGGACUGGCCGGUGGAUUAUGGGAUGUUGUGAAAUGUGAGGAAAAGGCAAAAUUUCUCUGCAAACAGUGGGCUGAGGGAGUUACACGUCCACCUAUUCCAACAACAACUCCUGCCCCCAAAUGCCCAGAAGGAUGGGAUUCAAACAAUCGUAUUAGUUUCUGCUUCAAACCUUUUUCAAGAGAACAAAAGAAAACAUGGCUGGAAUCUCAAGAUUUUUGUAGAGCUAUAGGAGGAGAUCUGGCCACCAUUAAUGGUAAAGAAGAACAAUAUGUUAUUUGGCGUUCUGUAGCGAAAAAUGGAUACUAUCAUCAGAAAUUCUGGAUAGGUUUAUACUAUUUGAAUCCUGAUGAUGGAUUUGCUUGGAGUGAUGGGUCUCCAAUGAUAUAUACAAACUGGGCCUAUGGAGAACCCAAUAAUUAUCAAGGAAUGGAACUUUGUGCAGAACUCAGUGGAGAUUCCAGCAUGUUGUGGAAUGACAGGCACUGUGACUAUGUAUAUGACUGGAUCUGUGAAAUAAAGAAAGGAGCAAAAGUAAACCCUGAACCAACAGAGUCUCCUAAUCCCAAAUAUAAAGUCACAGAUGAUGGAUGGAUUAUACAAGAAGACAAGCAGUAUUAUUUCAGCACAGAAAGUGUUCCCAUGGAAAAAGGCCGGGAGUUUUGCAAGAAGAAUUUUGGAGAUCUUGUUGUCAUCGACGGUGACAGUGAAAGAAAGAUGCUGUGGAGAUAUAUCUUGAAAAAUGGCAAAGAAGAUUCAUAUUUCAUUGGUUUAGAACUGAGUUUGGAUAAACAGGUUAGCUGGAUGGAUGGAACCCCUGUGAAUUUCUUAGCAUGGGCAGCACAUGAACCCAACUUUGCAAACAAUGAUGAAAACUGUGUAGUCAUGUAUAAAAACUUAGGAUUAUGGAAUGAUAUAAACUGUGGUUAUCCAAAUCCUUAUAUAUGUGAAAGGCACAACAGUUCCAUUAAUGCAACACUUUCUCCUACAACAUCUUCACCGCCAGGGGGAUGUCCGGAAUCUUGGCUUUUGUUUCAAAAUAAGUGUUACAAAAUGUUUGGCUCAAAUGAAGAUGAGCGGCUUUCGUGGCAUGCUGCACGAACAGCUUGUAUGAAUUUAGGCGGAAAUCUAGUUACCAUCCCAAAUGAACAAGUGCAAGCCUUUCUUACCUUCCAUUUAAAGGAUUCUGUGGUUGAUACUUGGAUUGGAUUAAAUGAUAUAAACCAUGAACUCAAGUACCUUUGGACAGAUGGAAGUGGAGUCUACUUUACAAAUUGGGACAAAGGUUUCCCAUCUGGACAAAUGGCAUUAUAUUCAUAUGAUAGCCAGGCUGACUGCGUCUUUAUGAAAAAUAGUCCUGUUAAGGAGGCAGGGAAAUGGGUUGAUGAAAGCUGUGGCAACAACAAAGGCUAUGUUUGCCAAAUUAACAAAGACUCCAAGUUGUACUAUUCAUCAACAGCAGUCCCUGCAAACUUUAUCCGUUAUAGUAACAGUAGUUAUUUGUUCGUCCAUUCCAAAAUGAAAUGGGAAGAUGCAAGGAGAAAAUGCAUACAUGAAUCCUCUGACCUUGCCAGUAUCUUAGAUCCCUACAGCCACUCAUUCCUAUGGCUACGAAUGUUAAAGUAUGGGGAGCCUGUAUGGAUUGGUCUGAACAGCAAUCUGACUGAUGGACAUUAUGAAUGGAUUGAUAACUGGAAGUUGAAGUAUACUAAGUGGGCCAAAGGAGAGCCGAAACAGAAAAUAGGUUGUGUUUAUCUGGACCUUGAAGGAACCUGGAAGACAGCAUCCUGUGAUGAAAACUACUACUCUAUCUGUAAAUGGUCAGAUGUUAAAGCCCCCACUGAUCCUCCCCAGCUCCCCGGAAAGUGCCCGGAGUCAGAACACAGAUCAUGGAUCCCUUUUCGUGGUCACUGCUACUUCAUUGAGUCUUCAUCUACGAGAAACUGGGCCCAGGCCUCCUUAGAAUGUCUUCGAUUAGGUGCCUCUUUGGUUUCAGUAGAAGAUUUGGCUGAAGCCAACUUUCUGGCACACAACAUAGAGCCACUUGAAGAAAAAUCAUCAACUUUUUGGACAGGAAUGUACAGAAAUGUGGAUGGACAGUGGUUGUGGCUAGACAACACUGCAGUGGAUUUUGUCAACUGGAAUGUCGGAGAACCCUCAAGUCAACAAAAUGAGCACUGUGUCGAAAUGUAUGCAAACUCUGGGAACUGGAAUAAUAUUUAUUGUUCUUCCUACAAAGGAUAUGUUUGUAAAAAACCAAAAACUGUUGAUGUUCAAUCAACUGAGAAGCCCCCAGACAAGAAAGCAGUGAAAAAAGAGGAGAAGAUUCCUGAACCUAGUCACAGCAGAACUGGGAUUGUCAUUAUUGUGGUGAUCCUUAUCCUAGCAGGAGUUGGCCUUGCAGGGUAUUUCUUCUACAGGAAAAGAAAGAAUCACAUGUCAACAAAUGACAGCUUUGAGAACAACCUGUAUUUUAAUACUGAUGUAGUUCCUGGAACUAGUGACACAAAGGAUCUUGUGGCCAACAUUGAGCGAAAUGAACAUGCUACUCUCUAGUCUAAUAAAUUAAAGAUGGGCCUUGUUUUAAUAAAAUUAUGCAACUGGGUUACCUAAAGGUUUAGGACAAAGCUAUUUUCUCCUGUGCAAAUCCUAUAGCAGUCACUUUUUCAGUGUCUGCAUAUUUUUUUUUACGUACUAGCAGCAGCCAUUACUUCAUUUCAUAAUCAUUCUAUAGUUGUAUAAGAUUCCAGAAUUACUUUAACAAGAGCAUUUCUUAUGAAAAAUAUAGUGCUGACUAAUUAUGAAAUGGAACAAAUGGGUACACUUAAAAGAAUGAAAAUGAAACACAAGCCACUGUGAAUAAGCCUUCAAAGCAUUUGUUUCUUCACCAUGCCCGCAUCACCCUCAUGAGUGUCGGGCUUCACAUCAAUGCAGUCUCUCCAAACUGCUCAGCAAGCACUUGUCUCAUUCUGUUAAUAAUGCACAUAUUCCUGGAAACCUCACUACAAGGGUUUGGUAUUGGGUAGCUGAUGGCACUGUAUUUGAAUACAUCCCAUUUUAAAAAAUGCUCUAUAUGGUAUAAUUUCAGUUCCUGUAAUCUCAGACCAUAUACAGAGCCAAAUAUGCAGUUCCCCUCCAUCUCACACGCACUCAGGGGCUACCCAUAAUCGGGGUGAAGGCUUCUGGAGCAAUGUGACUGGCAGACACUACCAGCACCUCUUACUGGCCACAGAAGGGGUUUGUCUGGGUAACAUGAUGAUGAGACUGUGGCAACACCUUUCUGCAUAUCCGCAUAGGUGUCUUUGGUUGGAGGAUACUGGCUAUGCAUAUUCUAAAGAUGCAGUAGCAAUGGACAACUCUCAUGAUGCUCCUCAUGAAACACUGCCACUUAGAUACUCUUUCUCCAUAAUACAGCUUAGCCUUGUAAGAGAGGUCUUGGCCUAUACAAUGCAAUAACUUUGCUAAUGCACCUGUCAUCCCUAUUGCUUUAGCAGAUCAGCUGUUUCUUUCUAUAAUGUUUUAAGAGUGAAAUAUUUCAGAAACUUUAGCUUCCCAAACGAUCAUUUUAUAAUCUGAUUUUUGUAUAUCUUGUAAAAUGUAAAUCAUGUGUGCCUUACAUUUUUUUCCUCACACAGAUAUGAAAGUGUGAAAGGAAAAUUUAAAUGUUUCCUUCGUUUAUGCAUUCAACUUUAGUUCUGUGAAAUAAACAAUAACACACUGUGA